CUCCCUUUAUAACAAAUAUCCUUGAAUGCCUCCUUUACUGUCUGUGGUGAAAUUCCCAGAAACUGUAACCUAAUUACAUGCCUAGUUUAAAAAGUCACUUUAAUGCCAUAACAGGAACAUGAGAUCCUCAGGUACGGCUGUUGCAGAAGGAGAAGAUGAAGUUGUCCAUUCCUUACAGAGCAGUCCCUCUGCUCUUGGUGGUUAACACAUUCAGGCCAAGACAAACGUGGAAUUCUGACUCAAAUACUGGGGAGGAUUUGCCACUGGUGACUGACUCAGGAGGGGCCUCGGGGCUUGACAAAGUCACCAACGCUGCAAAGUACAUUUUCCCCGUGGUUUACGCAGCAGUGGCAUUCCUAGAAAAUUCCUAGAAUUAAAGAGUGUGUGUGACUGACGAAAUGGUCACACGUUGAGGUGUGGGGAGGUCAUUUUGGCUCAUACGUGAUUUGGCUUGAACUGAUGGCCUCUCAAACACGAGCUUCUGCUUUAAGCAUUGAAGAAAAGGAUGCAUUUGACAAUCAAAAUGGAGUCACUGUGGUUCAGGCUUCGAGGAUGGAGCUGGGGGCCGUUGUGGAUGUGGUUUCAGACAGUUCCUGCUUCACUGAGAACUUGAAUUUUUUUUCUUUUCUAAAAAAUAUUUACUUAUUCAUUUGGCCGUGUUGGGUCUUGUUGCGGCACGCAGGAUCUUCAUUGUGGCGCACAGGCUCAGUAGUUGCGGCACUUGGGCUUCUGUCUAGUUGUAGCGCACAGGCUCUAGAGCGCGUGGGCUCAGUAGUUGCAGUGUGCAGCCUUAGUUGCCCUGCGGCAUGUGGGAUCUUAGUUCCCCAAUCAGGGAUGCUACCCGAGUCUCCUGCAUUGGAAGGAGGAUUCUCAACCACUGGACCACCGGGGAAGUCUUGAGAACUUGAAUUUUCUUUCUUUCAUUUUUUAAAAAAAUAUGUAUGUAUUUAUUCAUUUAUUUGGUUGCACCAGGUCUUAGUUGCGGCAGGCAGGCUCCUUAGUCGCGGCAUGCGAACUCUUAGUUGUGGCAUGCAUGUGGGAUCUAGUUCCCUGACCAGGGAUCGAACCUGGGCCCCCUGCAUUGGGAGCGUGGAGUUUUAACCACUGUGCCACCAGGGAAGCCCCGAGAACUUGAAUUUUCUGACCUGUAUGAGACCCAAGGCCAUCACCAGCUGUCCUCAAAACUGUUUGCUAGUUGCCGCCACCUGCACCCUCACGGUCUCAAGGUCUCCCCUGGUAACUGUGCAUUCCGAACCCCAGCCGACCCGAGCACCCUUCCUUCCUGCCCGCUCCAGUCCUAACUUGACAAACACCUGAUGCGAUUCUGCGGGGUUUCCCUUUACGGGCCUCCCCCCUCUUAUAGUCCGGAGGACGCAAUUCACGUGCUUCUUGAAUCUGUCUCCCAGGCUAUGGUCCUCAGCUCGACUUGAGUAAAACUCCUUUCCAUUCCUGUUACAGAUUGUUUAUUGAUUAUUUCCGUCCACACAAACAAUGAGUUUGAAGCAGAAUUAGUUUCCAGGCCCAGAUGACGUCAUGCGAGGCCUCAGCUGCGUGGUGCCCGGCGGCCCAAGGAAAAAGCCACGCAGGUCAAGGAAGCUGCUCAGGGUUUGGGACCCGAGGGCAGGGCCAGGAGCGGGGAGAAGGCAAGGCGGCUCGUGGACACCUCCCCAGUGGUCAGCCUGCAGACGCCGUCCUGUGCAGCGCCGCUCAGAGCGCACAACCGCGGCCCCGCCCGGCCUGAGGCCACCUGCCGCUCCAGGACCAGGGCACGGGGCCUGCCGCCCGCCCCCUCUCGGGCUCUGGGUGGGCCGAGGACUUUCUCUGUGGAGGGCUGAGUCAGGGAACCGUCCGGGCUCCGGACAGGCCUGCGUUCUGCCGCGCCCCUCCUGGCCACGCCCAUCAAGGCCUCGCCCCCUGCGGGCCACACCCCCGGCCACACCCCUCCUCGCUCGCCAGGCUCCCCCGCCCCCCAGGCCUGUCCUCGCGAGGACCAGCGGGCCCUGGUGGCACUCAGGAAACGUUUGAUGGGACGUCUGGCCAGGCAGCCCGUGGAGGCCGUGCGUAGACUGGGGGAGCCCUGGAGUUGGCCUGUUGCCGGGCUGCAGUCCAGCCCGGUGGGUGUGGAGGCCGCUGGGCCUCAGGCCCCAGCUGUGGGCUCUGCUCCUGGACCCUGCGCCCUGCGGCGCCCUGUGCUGGCUGCUCCGUCUCCCCGCCACACUGCGCGGCCCCCUGACAACCUGCGCAUGCGUCGGUGUGUCUUCGUGGGCAGGGCCUGGGCUGGGGGAAGGACUCGUAGCUUCGUAGCCCCAGCAGCCGGUGUCUGGGAGGUUGCAGGUUUGAAAGAAACCGUGUUUGC